ACAAUGACAGACGUUGCCGGACGAGUGACAGAACAAGGACAGCGAACGAAAGCUAUCAGCGACGGAGAAACAAACGGGAGAGGGGAGGAAAGUCUUUGGAUUUCGUUUAAUCUUCCAAGAGAAACAGGGAACGAGCGCGUUUAGUUGUGCCGCAUUCGUUGUCUCGUGGUGUUGUUCUUUCUCGUGCCACAUAAACCGGUAUGUAGUAAUCGUAUACUACGGCUGUUCUGUGUUCGUUUUAAACUGUUCGAGAAACAACAGUGAACUUCUCGGUCAAUCGCGAUGUUGAUCUGGAAUUAAAGUUUCGCCGUAAGGUUCACGUAGUGUUCACGAUCGUGUUGCAGUGAGUCAGAGAACAAGAUCGGAGUACGUGGUUCGUUGAAACGUACCGCAGUGAUCCACGGUGGAAAUUCCGUCGAUUCUUUCGUUUUAUCGCGUUAACUUCUCCACCCGUCUGUCACCUGGCUUGACCCGUUUUCAACGGACCAUCGCUUACAUUACAGAAACCCCGAGUGGCGAGUGGUCCUCGCGACUCGAUUCGGGACACGGGAAACGUCGUGGCGUGUUUAAUAUCAUCGUCGAGCACGAUGGCUUGCGAAUUAUUUAAGUCUGCAGAAACAGGUCAGCGUUAUGAGUAUGAACUUGAGUGCCAAGCUGGACGAGCUGCAGCGGGGUGACCGCCAGCUGGAGACCACCGUCGCCCUCUGCGAGAUCCGCACCCAGCUGCAGGAACUCACCAAGAGCGUAGAGUCUUGCCAGAGCGAGGUCAGCGAGGUCAAACGGGACAUGGUCGCGAUCAAGCAAGAACUAGAUACAGUACAACAGGUGAAAGAAGAGAUAGAGGAAUUACGAGAAUACGUGGAUCGACUCGAAGAACAUUCACAUCGACGGAAACUUAGACUUUUGGAGCAGGGGCUAACGCUUUUCCUGUCGUAUGCAAUACUGGCAGCAGUUUUAGGGAUGUUGCAGUUUGGAUACAACACUGGAGUCAUUAAUGCGCCGGAAGUGAAUAUUGAAAAUUUUAUGAAAGACGUAUACAAGGACAGGUACGGAGAGGACAUUUCAGACGACUCCGUGAAGAAAUUGUAUUCCGUGGCAGUGAGCAUAUUCGCAAUCGGUGGUAUGCUUGGUGGUUUUAGUGGAGGAAUAAUUGCCAACAGAUUUGGCAGAAAGGGGGGCUUACUGCUAAACAACGUGCUGGGCAUCGUGGGGGCGUGCCUGAUGGGUUGUACAAAAAUUGCUCAGGCAUACGAAAUGUUGUUCUUCGGACGGUUCAUCAUUGGUGUCAAUUGUGGCUUAAACACCUCGCUGGUUCCCAUGUACAUAUCGGAGAUAGCACCAUUGAACCUGAGAGGCGGCCUAGGCACGGUGAACCAGCUCGCUGUUACGGUGGGCCUCCUGGUCUCCCAGGUGCUGGGCAUCGAGCAAAUCCUUGGAACGAACGAUGGUUGGCCGGUUCUCUUAGGGCUAGCUAUCUGCCCUGCCAUUCUACAGUUGUUGCUGCUUCCAGUUUGCCCUGAAUCUCCAAGAUAUUUGCUCAUUACCAAACAGUGGGAGGAAGAAGCGCGUAAAGCUUUGAGAAGGUUGAGAGCCAGUAACCAAGUGGAGGAAGACAUCGAGGAAAUGAGAGCGGAAGAGCGGGCUCAACAAGCCGAGUCUCGAAUAUCGAUGACAGAGCUCAUAUGUAGCCCGACUUUAAGAGCACCCCUUGUUAUCGGUGUGGUUAUGCAACUUUCCCAACAGCUUUCAGGCAUUAAUGCUGUGUUUUACUAUUCGACAAAUUUGUUCACUAGUUCUGGUUUGACAGAGGAGAGUGCCAAGUUUGCAACCAUUGGCAUAGGUGCCAUUAUGGUUUGUAUGACGUUAGUAUCCAUCCCGCUUAUGGAUAGAACCGGAAGGCGUACGCUCCACUUGUACGGUCUUGGUGGCAUGUUUAUCUUUUCAAUAUUCAUCACAAUUUCUUUUCUGAUAAAGGAGUUUUUCGGUUAUGUGCAGGAAAUGAUUGACUGGAUGUCUUAUCUGUCGGUCGUGUCGACGUUAAGUUUCGUGGUGUUCUUUGCUGUCGGACCUGGCUCCAUUCCUUGGAUGAUCACCGCCGAGCUGUUCUCCCAAGGUCCUAGACCUGCUGCCAUGUCUAUCGCGGUUCUUGUCAAUUGGAUGGCUAAUUUUUUGGUUGGCAUUGGUUUUCCAAGUAUGAAGACUAGCCUUGAAAACUACACGUUCCUACCAUUCAGUGCAUUCCUAGCCAUCUUCUGGAUCUUCACGUACAAGAAGGUUCCUGAGACCAAGAAUAAAACGUUCGAGGAAAUUCUAGCUUUAUUCAGGCACGGUAACGACAGCAGGAGCAGCUUGCGGGACAGCAGACUUUAUGGGAGCAUGCUAAACUGUGUGAAUGCAUUAGAGGGACACAUUCCGCCAGCAGAGAGUGCAGCCCUGAUGGUGGCCGAGGAGAAGCCACAUCCUGAUUCAUUUGUGUUUGCAGCUGGAUCAGAGCGAUCUUCCGGCGCACCCGCUCAACCGGAGAGACCACCGCCCCCGCUUCCCCCGCCACGCUUUCCGAACAGCGGUGUCUGACAAUGGGAAACAGCUCCUCUUAAUAUUGGUAAUCUAGUGAUCAUGAACGCGUCAAUCCCACUGCCGUUACUGCUCACCACGAACAGCCUCACAUUGGAGAAUCAAUUGUACGAGAUCAUCACGGAGAGGAGCAAGGCGUGCGCGGCUUUCUUGCGGAACAGUUUGCGCCGAGCGGUUAACGCGACCAUUAUUAGCUGGAGUGUCACGGAGAAUUAUGAGAAUAAUGUGUCGUGCAAUCAUGCUUAGGGACGAGAGAGACGUUCGAUCUGAACGAGAACCUGUUAAUUAGAACGAACUCGAACGCGAGAAUUAUGUUCGAUAACACCUACCUAGGUGAUGGUCACAAGAUCUAAAUGCUCGUCGUUUCGCGGAUCUUACGACCGGAGAUAGUCCGAAAUUUAAAUUCUAGUUUGGAGAUUUUAGGCCACGAGACUCACUCAGAUAUCAUGUUUCAUUUUUCUUUUAUUACUGGUCUGAUGACCACUGAGAGUAAAAGAGUUAGUUAGGUUCUGGAGUAUGAGAUCAAUAACUUAACUGCGACUUUACAUUAGUAUAAUUUAUUGAUAGCGAAAUAUGCUUUAUGUUCACUGCUUUGAAUGAGUAAUUAUACGUUUUGAUUUAGAAACAUUUUGUAGAAGUAUAAAUUUGUAAAACUAAAGACUUGCUCAGAAAUGGAGUACUGGUACUCUGGAGUUCUUACGCCUUUAUUUUGUUUAUAGCCUAAUCAUGCUUCAAAAAUUAUCCUAAACUUCUGCAUAGAUUUUAUGUAACAAUUUUAACAAUUUUACAAAUUAUUUAAAAUUCAUAAUAAGUAUUAAUCUUAACAUCUCUACCACUCCGAAAGAAUUGAAUAAUAAACAAACUAGAACUUAUAUUUCGAAGCGAAGAAUUAUCAAGAGAAAUUAGAUAGAAACGAGGUAACUCCUCGAUAAAAAAAGAAUCUAAAUAAUGUUUCGAAAGUGAUUGUGCCUAGAAGAAAAAUGCGUUAAAAUGCGUUGGACCGUGAUCACUACAAGCAUUUGGACUUCGUGCGACACAUCGAAUAAUAGAACGUAUAAUUGCUAGUUGCGACGAAUCGUUUAACGAAACCCCACAGAAAACGAGAGGAAGGUGUACAUCUAUAUAUACAUAUUAUAUACUUCACUUUUAUAUACGUUCAUUUCAUAAGAUUUAUUGUACGUCUUUUUGUAUCACUGUCGUCUUUAUAUCUCGUUGCACUGUACUAUGACUUACAGCGUUAUGUGUUGAUUGAUCAAUUGAAUUGAGUGUUAAUCUGGUAUCGACCAAAACGAGCCUAGAUGUGUUUAAUAGAAACGACAGACGUUCGAUUAGAAACGUCUUAUUAUACGGUGCCUCGCAGGACAUUUUACGAAAUUCGAUUUUAUCUUAUGAAGGUACAGGGACGCAGUGGUACAAACGAGCGGGUGUCAUUUAUUACGGUAAUGAAUUUCUGUUCGGACAUUUAACACGUUCACUACCAUAGUGUGCCAUACUACAACAUUACCUACAUUAACAUUAUACUAACAUUAUUAACUUUCUAACUUCGAUGAUGCUGUUCGAAAAGGUUCCUUCUUCAAUAUUCAGUUAUUUGAACACUUAAUAAUAUUAUUAUAUAAAAUAAUUUAAAUCACUGUAAAAUUUCAAGAAUUUAAAAAUUAUUGUUCCAAAAUACUGAAAGUGUUUGAAUCUUUUGAACCAGUUAAAUAAAUUAACAACGUGGUAGUCAACGUGUUAAGAUUUUGUUUCCGUAACGAUUAUAUAAACGAAAGCAAAAAAAGGAAAUAGAUCGCGUGAAAUUCCGUUUCGCUGAUUUGACGCCAUGAUAGUUUUCGCACGAGAUUCACCCCUUCGAUUGAACCACAAUAAUCGGUAGUACCUUGUACAAUUCAGAGGCAUGCCUUUUCUUACUACCUUUUGUCGUUAAUGUUUUACACCGAAAUGCACGUAAUUCGAUGUUAGGCAAACUCUUUAGGGGCAGAAUGUCCCUCGUAUGUACAUACAUGUAUAUACUGUAUACUUCUACGGUACUUAACACGACUCGUAAGAGAAAAGAAUGUAUGAUAAUCCUAUACUAUUUGAUAUAGUAUACUCGAUUCCCUAUUAUUACACGAGGAGUAUACCGACAGGAAAAAGAUUGUUUCGGUCGUUUUAAUCGCAGCGAAUCUCGACUGGGAAACACUUUUAAAGCACCUUUACGUUGAAUAACGAGGAACUGGCGUUCGAUAGAUUAAACUCAUGAUUAAUUAACGAAAAAUUCUACUGUUAUUCAACGAUCAUUUUCAAUUUAUUUUUUCCACUUAUUUAUAAAUAAGUCUUUCGUUUGGUAAUAAUCAGCACCGAAAAUACAUAAAACACCAAGGACUAAAAACCACCCUCCGCGCUAGGUUACUCGAUAAACUAAACACAACUUCGAAACGGUUCACUAUACUUGCGGUAUAAUCGCGAUAUAAUAUUGUAGAAUAGAACGAAUAAAUAAAUAAAUAAACUAAAUAAAUAACAUCAUGUGCAGUGAAUCGCGUCUGUUGUAACUUAAACGAAAAAGGCAAAAAAAGAAGAAAAAAAGGUAAACCUCUAAUUAUAAGCUGUCCGAAUCAUACAGAAUCAGUGAGAAAGGCAAUAAGCUAUUGAACUGAAAGAAAAAA